CACUUUUCCCAGACACUUUCACGUGGGGCACAAAGAAGGCUUUGGAGCUUCCAUUUCGUCACCUCAGCAGCGACUUGAAACGCCUGAGAAGAUGGUCAUGAUCUUGGGAGCCUCAAUGGUACUUUGGAUACUGUUUGCAGCCUCUCAAGCUUUUAAACUCGACAUCUCCCCUCAAGACAAAAUGAUCGCUCAAAUUGGGGACUCUUUGUCCCUGACUUGCAACACCACAGGCUGUGAGUCUCCAUCUUUCUCUUGGAGAACCCAGAUAGAUAGUCCACUUCAUGGCAGGACAAAGAUCGAGGGGUCCAAGUCUGUCCUGAUCAUGGAUGCUGUCAGUUCUGAGAAUGAACACUCUUACCUGUGCACAGCAACUUGUGGAUCUCAGAAACUGGAACGAGAAAUCCAGGUGAAUGUCUACUCAUUCCCUAAGGAUCCCGAGGUUCAGCUGAGUGGCCCCCUGGAGGUUGGGAAGCCUGUCAUGGUCAAGUGUCUGGUUCCUGAUGUCUACCCAUCUGAUAGUCUGGAGGUGGAGCUAUUCAAAGGUGACCAUCUCCUGACGACUCAGAUGUUUCUGGAAGCGAUGGAGAAAAAGUCUUUGGUAACCAAGAGUUUGGAAGUCACCUUUACUCCUGGCACUGACGAUAUUGGAAAAGCUUUUGUUUGCCGAGCUAGAUUACACAUUGAUUCUGUGACCAAAGAAAGGGAAACUGUCGAAAAACUGCAAGUCUACAUCUCUCCCAAGAAUACAGUUAUCUCUGUAUAUCCCUCCAGAAGGCUUCAAGAGGGUGAUGCUGUUAUGAUGACAUGUUCCAGUGAGGGUCUACCAGCUCCUGAGAUUUUCUGGAGCAAGAAAUUAGAUAGUGGAAAUCUACAGCUCCUCUCGGGAAAUGCAACUCUCACUUUAAUUGCUAUGAGAAUGGAAGAUUCUGGAAUUUAUGUGUGCGAAGGAGUUAAUCUGAUUGGGAGAGACAAAGCAGAGUUGGAAUUAGUUGUUCAAGAGAAACAAUUUACUGUUGACAUCUCCCCUGGACCCUGGGUGUCUGCAAAGAUUGGAGACUUAGUUACACUGGAAUGUUCUGUUGAUGACUGUGACUCUCCCACUUUUUCUUGGAGAACCGAGACAGAUAGCCCCCCUAACGGAGAGGUGAGGAAUGAGAGGGCCAAGUCCGUACUGAUAAUAGAACAUGCGAGUUUUGAGGAUGAACACACUUACCUGGUCACUGUGACAUGUGCUGGAAGGAAACUGGAAAAGACAAUCCACUUGGAGGUCUACUCAUUCCCCAAAGACCCCGAAAUUGAAAUGAGUGGUCCACUUGUGCACGGAACACCUGUCACUAUAAACUGCACAGUCCCUGAUGUGUACCCUUUUAACCAUCUGGAGAUUGAAUUACUGAAGGAGGAAACUAUGCUGAUGAAUAAACGUUUUGGAGAGGAAAUGAGCACAAAAUCCCUGGAGACUAAAAGUUUGGAAAUGACCUUCAUCCCUACCAUUGAAGAUACUGGAAAAGAUCUUGUUUGCUGGGCUAAGUUACACAAUGGUGAAUUGGACUCUGAACCCAAACAAAGACAGAGUACACAGACUCUUUAUGUCAACGCUGCCCCCAGGGAAAUCACCAUCUGGGUCAGCCCAUCUCCCAUCCUGUAUGAGGGCAGUCCUGUGAACCUGACCUGCUCAAGCGAUGGUUUUCCAGCUCCAAAAAUCCUGUGGAGCAGGCAGCUAAAUAAUGGGGAACUGCAGCCUCUUUCCGAAGAUGCAAUGCUCACCUUAACAUCUACAAAAACAGAAGAUUCCGGCAUUUAUGUGUGUGAAGGGACUGACCAGAUGGGAACUAGCAAAAAAUUAGUUGAACUGAUUAUCCAAGCCUCUCCAAAAGAUAUACAGCUUACAGCCUUCCCCUCUGAGAGUGUCAAAGAAGGAGACACUGUUAUUAUCUCCUGCACAUGUGGAAACAUGCCAGAAACCUGGAUAAUCCUGAAGAAGAAAGCAAAGACAGGAGACAUGGUGUUAAAGUCUGUUGAUGGCUCAUACACCAUCCUCAAGGCACAGCUGCAGGAUGCCGGAGUGUACGAGUGUGAAUCUAAAACCAAAGUUGGCUCACAAUUAAGAAGUUUAACCCUUGAUGUAAAAGGGAGAGAAAAUAAGAAGGUCUAUAUUUCUCCUGAACUCCUUGCACUCUACUGUGCAUCCUCCUUAAUAAUUCCUGCCAUUGGGAUGAUCAUCUACUUCGCAAGAAAAGCCAAUAUGAAAGGAUCAUACAGUCUGGUGGAAGCACAGAAAUCAAAGGUGUAGCUAACAUUGGAAAUGAUCUGGGAAAGACGUUAUUUAUAAGCCCUAAAUUCAUCAUUCCGCCACCGAAGCAUUCAGGUUUACCGGAACUCUUCUCAGUAAAGGGAAAGUGGCUGCUUGAGAUUUGCUGAAUACAAAAGCCAACCAGAACUGUCCUCGACAAGUCCCCAUCAUUGAGAGGAAGGGACUGGAACAGUCGCAUGAUGUGCAUAUUGCCAUACAACUGACAGAAUCUGUAUAUAUAUAAAAUAAAAUCAUGUCGUCGAAAGGUUGUUUAGAACAGCAGCACUCCAUAUGCAGGUCAGAACAUAAUCAAACAGUGUUGCUUGGACUGACUGUUGUAACUUAAUGCAUCUUAUAAAAGUUUAAUGUUAAUAUUAAUAUUCAAUAAGCAGCUGACCCAGUGUCACCUUUUAAUAUUUUGUUUCCUUCAACCUAAUUUUAUUCCUAUAGUUUUUAUUGACAAUGAUUUCCUGUAAAGAAGAAGCAGGGUUUUAUAUUUUUAUAGAUAAAUGAUAAAGAGAGCACUGGGUUGACUUUCAGGUACUACAUUCCUAAUUCAUGGCAUAAUGAUUAGCCAGUUUUCUCUACGUGGUACUGUACAGUACGGGGACAUGUUUCUUUGUUGGGAUCUUGUGUCAUGAUUAACAUGUUUUAAAAUGCGACUUCUCUUGACUUAUCUUUUAUAAAUACUAUAGUAAAGUGAAAGUUUCUGGA